AUGAAUUCUCUGUACGAUUUAGAUCCAAAAUGGCAGCGAUUACUCAAUUUAAAUAAUUUCUUAGGUGGAUUGACCGUCAAUGAAUUUGUGGAAGAAUUGAGUAAUGAUCAUUCCCUGAGAAUUGAAAGGCCUUUCAGUGACGAGAACGUAGUUUCCACCAAUACGUGGCAAAAUUUGGAUUCGAAGCCUUACAUUAGAACAUUUGAAUCCACAUUAAAGCAAUUGAAACAUUUAAAUGAAGAAUCAAUAAAUAAAAAAUCACAACUGUCAAACCAGGUCGCUAUACAAGAGUUAGAACAUUCUGAAAGUGUCUUGAAGCUAUCAAAGGAUCUAAAUACUAUGAUAUCACAGUUUAACGUCCUGGAUGAGCAAUUAACUAAUGUCAAUCAAGUGGUCUCACCCCUAGGUGACAAAUUAGAAUCUGCAAUUAAGAGAAAGAAAAAUUAUAUUAAAUCAGUGGAAUUAAUAUCACAAUAUAAUGAAUUUCUAAUAAAUGGUCAAUCUAAAUAUAUAGACGAUCUGAGAACUUCAAAUAUUUGGUCCAAUAAUCUAAAAGCUGUCAAUUUGACCAAAAAUUUAUUGAUACUUUCAACAAAAUUAGAGACAAAUCUAAUCCCAAAGACAUUGGAAAUUUCAAGCUCGAUUCAAAAAUAUUCAGAAAUGCUGGAAUUAGAUUUAUUAGAUCAGUUCAAUAAAGCUUAUCAAAAUAAUAAUUUUAACCAAUUGAACGAAAUCGCUUUAAUCUUAGAUCAUUAUAAUAAUGGUGUGAAUGUUAUCCAGAGUUUUAUCAAUCAACAUUCAUAUUUCAUUGAUUCAAAUCAGGUAGAACUAGAUGAAAGAUCAAAUAAUCUGAUAUUUACUGAUGAAGAUUUCAAAGCAAACAUGAAUAAUCCACUUUCGCAUACUUUCAAAUUCGAAGAAUCAUUUAUCGCUAUACUGAACGACAUUGAACUUGUCAUUAAGAAUGAGUCCAAAAUUGUUAAGAAAGUUUUUGAAGAAAGAUCUUCGUAUGUUAUUCAAUUGUUUAUUCAAAGAAUAUUUGUACAAAAGAUUGAACUAAAAGUUGAUUCAUAUUUGAAUAAUGCAUUGGCUUUAACAAAUCUAGCGUAUGUCAGAACAUUGCAUGGACUUUAUCAAUUGAUUGGUAAGUUCGUGAGAAACUUGGCCGAUUUUUUCCAGGCAUUAGAAGAAAAUAAUAGUAGUAAGAAUAAUAUCCUAAUUACUACCUUAGAACAAUGUUUUUCAGAUUUAUUUUCAAAGUACCUUUAUGAUAGAUCAUCUUAUUUUGAUAUAGAAAAAAGAAAUUUGGAGACUACACUAAUUGAUUUAACUUCCAGGUUUAUUAUUAAACAUAAUAAUGAGUUGAAGCCAAAAUUAUUAUCAAACAAAUUUAACCAAAAUGUUGAAAAAUAUAUAAAUGAUGAUUUCAAUUUUAUAAAAAAGGGUUAUAAAUCAUCUGGUAACGUAUCAAAUGUAACAGCGUCGUCCAGAAAGAGAUUGUUACGAUUUAACACUUACUUGAAAAAUCAAUUGGACAAUCUAGAUCAUGCAGUGAACCGCUCUAAUUCAGUUUUGAUUAACAAUGAACAUUCCAAUUCUAAUGAAUUUGAUACUUCAAUCAGCUACAAUAAUAAGACGGACGCUGAUGAUGAACAAGAUUUCAAUAUAAAUAAUGUCGACGAAAUGCUGAAGUGUGUUAUAGAAUCCAUUGCCAGAGUCAUGGAAAUAAUUCCAAAAAAUGCAUUUGAUUAUAGUCUGGAACUAUUGGAAGUCAUGAUAAUGGGAAUUAUUAACAACUACAUUGAAGUUGCAUUGGAAGUUGCAUAUUAUAGAGCUAAGAGUAAUCACCAUAGCAAUACUAUCGCCAAUGAUAAUGAUGUAUUGAGUCUAUCAUUUUUAAAAUAUAUUACUAAAAGUACAGAAAUGCUCGGGUUAGUAUCCACUUCGAUAAAAUCAAUUUUUAUGCCACUCUUGAAUAAUUCACCCAAUGUCAAGCUAGCUUUAAUUGAAUUAACAAAUAAUAGCAUCAAAAAAUCUGAAAUUUUAAUUAAUAUUAUUUUGAAUGAAACCACAUCCAUAUAUUCCAACAAAUUUGCACUUUCUUUGUCAAAACAAAAGAAGAAAGAUUUCACUCCCAAAUCUCAAGAUCAAUUAGAUCAAGACACGUUACCGGCUAUCGAAAUUGUUAAUUGUCUAAAUUCCUUAUAUUCACAGUGCAAACAUAAUUUGAAAAAUGGAAAUUUGGAAACAUUCCUGAAUUCUGUUGGGGAAGAUCUCUUCAAUUUAUUAUUGAAUCAUUAUAGUAAGUUCCAAGUAAGCUCAAUUGGUGGUAUUAUUGUAACGAAGGAUAUUAUUGGUAUACAGAAUGUGAUAGAAACUUGGGGAUUCGAAAAUUUAAUGGAGAAAUUUGCCACUUUGAGAGAAUUAGCAAACUUAUACACCGUUCAACCUGAUUUGUUGGAUUCACUUACAAAAGAGGGACGACUUGCAGAUUUUAAUAGAGAUAUUAUUAGAAACUAUAUCUCUAAUAGAGAAGAUUUUAAUCAUGAAAAUUUCAUUUCCAGCAUGAAGAAACGGUUCUAA